AGCUUCCUUUUUUUCGUCCGUCAAGCGAACAAAAAAAACCUUUUUCUUUUUAUUAGUUUUACGAAUAAACUUGACCUUUAAAUGAAACAUGUAAUUCCGUAACCUCUUCAAUAUUUGGACAUAUCCUACAAAUUUGUGUGAAUGUUUUAUGUUAUUAAAUAAUAGUUUGGUGCAUUGUUAGGUUAUGAUUUGAACGUUAGACUCUUUUUAAUUUAAAAGUUGUUUAGAAAUGGAUUUUGUUAAGAGAGAGGAUAAUCAUGUGUUGGAGGAAGAAAAUUAUAAAUUAUACAUGCAAAACCUACAAAAAUCACAUCAAAUCGAUACAACGGAAUAUCAGCAUACUGCGAUAUCAAUGGAACAACUUCAUCAAGCGGUGCAGUCCACACUCAACAAUGGAUCAUUACACAACUUCCAAUUACCGAUAUCCCCUCGACAAAUGUCCACACUCAUGCUGAAGACCAACCACCUCACACGAUCACUCACUUAUAAUGAUCUCCCGCAACAUCUCUCAAAGAAUCUGGCCAUGGACAUGGAAUUGUUACCAAUGACGAAUGAAAUUCAGCAAAUCCGCCAUGAGGAUAUACUAAGCCAGAAUCUGUCGAGAAAUCUUGAUAUAACACUGGCACGCAAUCUUAACAAUGAACUCGAAUUACAGAACAGCUUGGCUCAAAUACAGAGUUUACAUGAACAUGAAAUGUCAAGGAAUGCGGAGAUCACUCAGAAUUUAAGUCGAGUCAACGAAUUAACACAGAACAUGGGUCGUGAACUGUCACAUGAGCUGAUUAACGAAAUCGACUUAUCACAGCUGAGUAGACACGGCUUAGAUCAGAAUAUUUUAAGUCACGAUGAAGGGAGACGAAGCCCUAUAAUUCAUUCUGUUGAUAAUCAUUUAUUGGAGCACCACAUAGCUCAAAGAUUGGAACAGAAUAUAGCCAUGCGAUUGGAUUCAGACAGAUUGGAUCAAACGCUAUCCCAGAGGUUGGAUCAAACAUUAGCGCAAAGGUUGGAUCAGACAUUGGCCCAGCGAUUGGAUCAGACAUUGGCCCAAAGAUUGGAUCAGACAUUGGCCCAACGAUUGGAUCAAAGACUAUUGAAUCCUGGUGUCAUACAUGAUCACAGGGUACUGGAGCAAAAUGAGAACUUACUACCCAUGCCUUUCCACAUAAAAUCCGAACAAGAUGACGAUAGCUAUUUCUAUGACAACCUGAAUCAAGGAAUCAAUACAGCUUCCGUCAACAAUGAGUUACAACAAAACGAUCACAGUCAGACGAGUUCAAUACAACAUGAACAAAUGUACUCGUUAUUCAAUAACACAUCAAUACCGGCUCUGAACACCAUAGACUUAUAUUCCCGGACCCCAUACAUACAGAACUAUCCAGAAAUUGCGCGGGAAAAUCCACAGAAUCUAGUCGUUCAUAGACAAUACGACAAUAACAGUCCAUACGCUGACGAAACAAAGAAGAAACAAGAGGAUGUCAAAAAGAAUACCAAAAUCGAACAUCCCAAAGAGAAUUUGAAACCUAACGAUCAAAAUAAACUAUACUACGAUUACAACGAUUACGUGAACGUCGAAAAAAAUGAGAACGAUUCUAGUUCGCAUAACAAAAUAACAGAGGAACUCGCGUUGAAUAUAAAAGGUGAGUACGCGUGUUACAAGUGCAACGAAGUGUUCCCAUCGAAGAGGUUAUUAAAACAACAUUCUAAGAACUGUGAAAGUGCUGAUAGUGAUUUAGAUAAAUUGGGUAAAUUCAGUUGUUCACAGUGCGCGUAUAGAUGUCAAUCUCCCGCCAUUUUGAAAAUACACGAAAGAACACAUACAGGCGAGAAACCGUACGCGUGCACGUUCUGCGAUUAUAAAUCAGGUCAAAAGAAUAACGUGGCCAAGCACAUACUAGUGCACAUGAAACAGAAGCCUUUCAGCUGUCAGUAUUGUGAUUAUAAAUGCGCUCAAAAGAAUAAUUUAGUUGUCCACGAGAGGACUCACACGGGUUACAAGCCAUUCGCAUGCCCCUACUGCGAUUACAGGACGGUUCAGAAGCCUAAUUUAGUCAAACAUAUGUAUUUGCACACCGACCAGAAGCCAUUCAGCUGUGAUAUGUGUAAUUAUAGGUGCGUUCAAAAGACGAACCUUACGAAACACAAGCAACGUCAUCUGACCGAAUGCGACAAAAUGGAUAUCAAAAAUCAAGUGAAGCCCUACAAGCCUAGACAGAAAUCGGUCAAAUGCGCCCAUUGUUCGUACAGGUGUGUACAGAAAUCUAGUUUAGAUAAACAUAUGCAAUUCAAACAUAGUGACAUACAAACGGAUAUGCAAUUCAAACAAAGUGAUUUACGUACUGAUUUGCAAUUCAAACAAAGCGAAUUGCAAAGUGACUUGAGUGACGGUGUUAAUGGAACUAGUGACUUUGACAGUAUACAGAAUUUGAGUAUAAAAGACAUGUCUCAGGAGAUCUGUACUUGAUAUGUUGAGUUUAGUAUAGAUGUAGCUAAGUAUAACUAUGUUUGACGGAUUUAUAUAUAUAUAUAUAUUUUAAUUGAUACUCUGUCAUUUUAUAUGCCAAUAUAUAAAGUGUUGCUUGUAACAAUAUUUCUAGGUUAUUAUCAUUUUAAAAAGUAUGUAAUAGUCGAUUGAAAGUUGCCAGUGAUAAUAUUUUUUUUUAUAAAUUAGUACUGGCAGUGUCGCCACAUCGAAAAGCUCAAUUGUACUUCAAGUACCUUAUUUUUAUAUUUUAGUAGACAUCCUUUUCUAAGUCUUAUUUUAAUUAUGUAAAUAGUAUUUUGUAACUGUCAACACAAUAUUGUAUAUUUUAAGUGCUGCAUUUAAUUUUAAUUGAUUUUUUUUUUAACAAUAUUUUAAUCACUAUUUUUGUACUCAAAAUUCCAUCAAUACCCAGUAAUUUUUUUUUCUUAUACUUAUAUAUAUUGAAGCAAGACAAGAAAUUUUUUGCAAACAAUUUAUUUUGUGACUCUUUAUUCUUGUAAUUUUUUUAAUAUAAUCGAAAUAAUGGAAGAAUAUUCAAAUCAACAUAUUGUCCAUAACCCACCUUUCUAUUAUAUAUAUAUAUAUAAUGCUUUUAUAAUACAAAUAACUAUACACAUGUAUCAGAAUUUGCAACCCUCAACUAUGCAAUGAUCAUACAAAUAUACAAAUCUACCCACAUUUUGCAUCUAUACACAGUACUUCAUAGCAUUUCUCAUUGUAUGUAUGUAUUUCCCACACCUAUACAUGAAACUCAAUCCACAUUUAUUCAGAAGAUAUGUUGUCACAGAUGCACAUACACUUGUUUUAGUAAAAUAGCAUGUAUGAAACUAGUACCGUUGGCUAUUUUAAUUAAAAUAAAAAUGUUCACUUUACAAAUCAAUUAUUUUUGUAUAUUUAGGUCGACCGUUUGUAUCUGUAACGGCUCUACUUUCACGAUAAGCUUGAAAUUUAGACUUAUUUAUUGUUAACAUUGUUUUAUAAAAGACUAGGUCCGCUCUCCGACUUUGUCUGCUAUCAAUCAAUCAUGCACAAGGAUGUCUUUGUAAGUAAAAUUGGGUGCUAUUUUAUACAGUACAUUAUAUAUUGUCUCUCAAUACGGCCAAUAUGAAUUUCAGUAGUCAUAAUAGCCUAACACUUCCGUAUGAUUUGGUUGACUAAAAUUUAGGGCACUGUAUCACAAAACGAGCAAAUAAGAUUUGAUAUGACAAAAGGGUGUUGGAAUUUACUCGCAUGGUGGUUGAGAUAACUCACGUGGGGGUUGCGACCCCGGUUGGGGAACAAUUCUCUGAACUUAUUUUUAUAUAUGCCUAUAGGCUGUGAUGUAUUACUAUAGUGUUACCAAGAGAUUGUAGACCUUAAAGCAUCACAUACCUAAGUAUAGACUAAGGUGAUCCUAGUGAUAUAAUGUUUAAAACUUUUUUUGUAUGUUCAUUUAUUAAAUGCCUCACCAAAGCA